GUCAAAUAGUUUGACAUUUGUGAAUGAACGAGCGUUCAUGUUGUUUGGGUUAGCGACGGAAAACGCAUUUAAAAUAUCAAACUUUGUUCAAAAAUACAGUGAAAUAACACGAAACUAACAUCUCAAAAUGGCUUCGAUAGCAGCAGCUCAGGUGCAGGAAGUGCGCUCGAUAACACGCAUUGAGCGUAUCGGAGCUCAUUCGCAUAUUAGAGGACUUGGUCUUGAUGAUUCCUUGGAGCCUAGAGCCGUGUCCCAAGGUAUGGUGGGACAGAAGAUGGCCAGAAAGGCAGCUGGCGUCAUCCUACAGAUGAUUCGAGAAGGCAAAAUAGCAGGUCGCGCAGUGCUACUAGCUGGGCAGCCGGGUACAGGCAAAACUGCCAUUGCUAUGGGACUCGCACAGGCUCUCGGACCUGAUACACCGUUCACUAGUAUGGCUGGCUCUGAAAUAUUUUCCCUUGAGAUGAGCAAGACUGAAGCUUUGACCCAAGCCAUCAGGAAGUCUAUUGGAAUACGGAUCAAGGAAGAAUCAGAGAUAAUUGAAGGUGAGGUGGUUGAGGUAGUGGUGGAACGCGCGGCCGGUGGUGGUGGCGCCAGGGUGGGGCGUCUGACCCUGAAGACCACAGAUAUGGAGACCAACUACGACAUGGGAGCUAAGAUGAUCGAUUCCCUGCUCAAGGAAAAGGUGCAAGCCGGAGAUGUGAUUACUAUAGAUAAAGCUACAGGCAAGAUCAACAAACUGGGCCGGAGCUUCGCUAGAGCCAGGGACUAUGAUGCCACCGGCCAGCAGGCCCGCUUCGUGCAGUGCCCCGAGGGCGAGCUGCAGAAGCGCAAGGAGGUGGUGCACACGGUGACGCUGCACGAGAUCGACGUCAUCAACUCCAGGACACACGGCUUCCUGGCGCUGUUCUCCGGUGACACGGGUGAGAUAAAGUCGGAGAUCCGCGAACAGAUCAACGGCAAGGUGGCGGAGUGGCGCGAGGAGGGCAAGGCGGAGAUGAUACCCGGAGUGCUGUUCAUUGAUGAGGCUCACAUGCUGGACAUAGAAUGCUUCUCCUACCUCAACCGGGCGCUCGAAUCUGAGACCGCGCCAGUAGUGAUCAUGGCGACCAACCGCGGGAUCACGAGGAUCCGCGGCACCAACUACAAGUCCCCACAUGGGAUCCCCCUGGAUCUGCUCGACAGGAUGAUCAUAGUUCCCACCUCGCCUUACUCGCAUCAGGAGUUGAGAGAGAUCUUGAAUAUACGGUGUGAAGAGGAAGACUGUCAGAUGUCAGCGGAUGCCCUGACGGUCCUGACUCGAGUGGCGACGGAGACUUCACUCCGGUACUCCAUACAACUGAUCACCACCGCGUCUCUUGUGGCUAAACGGAGGAAGGCUACUGAGGUGAGCAUGGAAGAUGUGAAGAAGGUAUACUCCUUGUUCCUGGAUGAGCACCGCUCCGAGCAGUUCUUGAAGGAGUAUCAGGAUGAGUUCAUGUUCAACGAUGGAUCCGGAGAUGCCCCACAACUUAUGGAAGUGUCGCAGUAAUCUCACCAAAAUUAUUCCAAAUAUUUUAAUUUCUAUUAAAAUUGUCGUCGUUAGAAUUUACAUUUUUGUUGUAAAAGGAGUCGCCUGUAAGUUACUUUUAAGUUUUAUUAUGUAAGUUUAUAUAAUAAAUGUGUAUUAAAACGUA